AUGGCCAAUCUAGGCAUCUACGCAGCGGUGACGACUCUGGUCGUCUUUAUCCUAACUUAUGGCGUCCCUUUGUUCCUGAGGGAAUACUUCCCUUGGCAGAGUCUCUACAAGCAGCGCCACGGAAGACCUACCGUCACCACAAAGUCGUACAAGGGGCGAACUGUGCUCAUCACGGGCGCCAAUGGAGCUUUUGGUUCGAGGGCCGCCAAGAUAUUUGCUCAUCGCGAUGUUGAGACGCUUGUUCUUGUUGAUGUGAGGGACUGUGGCGAGGUGAAGCAGCAGAUCGCCAAGGAGCUGGGCGACUUGGGCAAGCCGGUGCCCAAUGUCCUGAUCUGGCAGGCGGAUCUCAUGACAUUCGCUGGAUGUCAGGAGCUCGGAAGAAAGGCGAAGGAUUUGAAGUAUCUUGAUCAUGUCUUGAUGACUGCUGGGAUUCUCUCUUUCAACCGCAAAGAAUCGCCCGAAGGCUGGGAGACUUCUAUGCAAGUGAACUUCUUUUCUGGGGCACUCCUCUCACUCCUCUUCCUCCCACUGCUCAAGUCCUCUCCUUCCAACCCCUCACCACCGGUCUUAACAUUCGUCACAACAUUCGGCAUCUACCCUUCAUCUUUCACCAUGUCCAUACCCAAGAACGGCUCUUACCUGAAGAAGCUCAGCAACAACAAAGACGGCAUGGAGCAAGCGCAUCAGUACGGCCGAUCAAAGGCCCUUCUCUUGUACUUUGCCCGCGAACUCGCCGCCCGGGUAACUGCCACUACAGCUCUGGAGAAGCUUCCGCGAAAAGUGACAAUCAACAGCGCCGAUCCUGGCUCUGCGUGGACACCCCUCACGAACCCGAACCAGGACCAGCUUAUUCCCCGGUUGAUUAUGAACUUUGGAGCUCGGGAGCCUGAGAUUUGUGCGACUGCUCUUGUCAAUGGUGUUUCGGUCGGGGAGGAUGCGCAUGGCAAGAUUAUGCAAGAUUUUGAUACUGCUUCGUACCCGCCUUUCAUGGAGAGGAAGAGUGGUCGUGCAGCCCAGCAGCGUGUUUGGGAGGAGACGAGACAGGAACUUGAGUCCAAAGCGCCGGAAGUGAAGGCUAUAUAUGACAUGCUGGAUCAACAGUGA